CACUCACAACCGAAAGCACAAUCAUGUCUGGACGCGGAAAGGGAGGAAAGACAAAGGGGAAGGCAAAGAGCCGCUCAUCCAGGGCUGGACUUCAGUUCCCAGUGGGCAGAAUCCACCGUCUCCUGCGCAAGGGCAACUACGCCGAGCGUGUUGGAGCUGGUGCACCCGUGUACUUGGCUGCCGUUCUCGAGUACUUGGCCGCUGAAGUUCUCGAGCUGGCUGGCAACGCUGCCCGAGACAACAAGAAGUCAAGAAUCAUCCCUCGUCACCUGCAGCUCGCCAUCCGCAACGACGAGGAGUUGAACAAACUUCUGUCUGGAGUCACCAUCGCUCAGGGUGGUGUGCUGCCAAACAUCCAGGCCGUUCUUCUGCCCAAGAAGACCAAGCAGGCUGGUGGCAAAUAAGCACCUUCUCUGGCUUGAAACGUUACCCAAACGGCCCUUUUUAGGGCCACCUAAA